AUGGAACCACUGAUUUGCUUCCAGAAUUUGGCCGUGACUAUUGGACUUGGGAUUUUCUUCUUCUCCUGCUUCCUCUAUAAUCUCAGGAGGGAUGGCAGUAGACUGAAACUGCCUCCAGGACCACGUCCAUGGCCUAUCAUAGGAAGUCUCCAUCUCUUGGGAACCCUUCCUCACCAGUCUCUCGCGGCGCUGGCAAAGAGAUACGGAUCCAUUGUGUUCCUUCGCCUGGGAUCCGUCCCCACUGUUGUGAUCUCUUCUCCUGCUAUGGCAAAAGAGUUCCUCAAAACGCAUGAUUUGGUUUUUGCAACCAGACCAAACUGCGCAUUCGGGAAAUACGUAAGCUAUGACCAUAAAGACGUGGCGUAUAGCCCCUAUGGAGUGUACUGGAGGCAGAUAAGAAAGCUGUGCACAGUGGAGCUGCUUACAAUGAAGAGAAUCAAUUCUUUCAGAUUCGUGAGAGAGGAAGAGCUGUCCGCCAUGAUCGGUUCCAUCUGGGAGGAAAGCGGGGCAGGAGCGAAGUGUGUGGAUGUGAAGAAGAGGCUCUCUUCUCUCACUCAAAAUAUUACUUGCAGAAUAUUUGCCAGCAGAACGUAUUCCGACAACGAAUUGAGCGAAGGGCAUGGCUUCAAACAAAUGAUUGACGAGAUAUUUGCUGUGGCAGGUGCAUUCAAUGUUAGCGAUUUCAUUCCUUACCUUGACUGGCUCGACUUGCAAGGAAUUCGUCGUCGCAUGCAGGCCGUUCACAAAACAUUCGAUGGAUUUGCUGAGAAAGUAAUCGACCAACAUAUUGGUUGUAGAUUGGGAGAAGGAAAACUGAAGGAUGAAGAUCGCGUUAAAGAUAUGGUAGACGUGUUGCUCGACAUGGACGAGAAGGAGGGCCAAACAAUUUCUCGAGUCGACAUCAAAGCAAUCAUCUUUGACAUGUUGGCUGCGGGAAUCGAAACAUCGUCGACAACAGUAGAAUGGGCAAUGAGUGAGCUGCUAAGGAAUCCUGCAAUGCUGGCACUGGCACAGCAAGAGAUCGAGUCAGUAGUGGGUACAGAUCGGAAAGUAAAUGAGAGCGACGUCAGAAACUUCGACUACUUGCAGUGCGUCGUGAAAGAAACCUUUCGACUUCAUCCGCCAUUUCCUCUGCUCCUUCCCCACGAGUCGAUGGAAGGGUGCAGGUUGGGGGGAUAUUUCAUUCCGCCAAAGACACGGCUAUAUGUGAAUGUGUGGGCGAUGGGAAGGGAUGAAAACGUUUGGAAAGAUGCUCAUCUGUUCAAGCCCGAGCGGUUCAUGGGGUGUAAUAAGGAUGUGAGAGGUCAGGACUUCGAUUUGCUGCCGUUCGGAACAGGAAGAAGAGGAUGCCCUGGAGUUUCCAUGGGUCUUUCUGUUGUGGAAUUGACACUUGCUCAGCUUCUUCACUGCUUUGAUUGGACUGUGGAGGGCGAGGUCGAUGUGGCGGAAGUGUUCGGAUUAACUGUUCCCAGAAAAAAUCCACUGUUUGCCCGCCCUUCGAGGAGGCUAACAGGUGAAUACCCUAUUCAAGAGAGCGCUGUCCGAUAG